GUAAUAUAUCGAAGUUUAUGCCUGUGCGAUCAGCUGGUCUGAUACAGUGGCAUCGGCUUGUCUCGCUCUCGAGAAGAAAACGAUAGAAAAUGUCGCGCAAGGCGAUUAAGGCGAUUAAUUGGGCGGCGCUCGCCGAAAGGAUUCCCGAGACGGAAAAAAAUAUGUUCGCCACCUUCAAAGCCAAGUCUGAUCAGUAUCUGCGACGAAUGACUGCAAACCCAGAGGCGCCUCCAAAAAUUGAUUGGGUGUAUUACAAGAAAAAUAUUGCUUUAGCUGGAUUAGUCGAUAAAUUUCAGAAGGACUACGAAUCCUUUGCAGUGCCAUAUCCAGCAGACAAAUAUACCUCGCAAAUCGAGGGUCAAGAGAAGGAAUUGCAUGCUAAAAUUCAGCAAUUCAUCUCUGAGUCGAACGAACGCAUUGACACUGCUAGCAAGGAAAUUGAGAGAGUAAAGGGUUUAUUACCAUUCUCUGAAAUGACUAUGGAAGAUUUCCAAGAAUGUUAUCCAGAUGAUGCUGUAAAUAACGAUAAACCAACAGCCUGGCCGCACACACCUGAGUUCCAGCCAGAAAACGAUCCAGGACGACCGGUACAUCAUUAAUAUAGAAUGUGCUAAAAAUGGUCAAGAUGUAAAAUGUAGUCAUACUUCUAGCAUACUCAAAAAUGUAUGUUAAAUUGAAAAAUAAUUUUGUCCUUUAUUUCUGUGUUGUCAUCAUAUGCAUCUAAAAGUAAAUUUGCAUCUAUAAAAAGAUA